UUCUGGAAAUAAAGAGCUAUACUGUUAUUUGUGGCUUUUAAUCCCAUUUUCAACAAAACAUUUAGUCAUUUUGACUAGUUCUUAAUUUAAAUUUCAGUAAGUUGGUGGUAAAAGUUAAAGUAAGUUUAGAGUGUUUUUGAAUGUGGCAGUUGAAUACUCCUCUGGAAAGUACCUAGGUAAAGUAGGACACACCAAGCUAAGUACAUUAUUAGUUGAGGAAAUUGUCUUUACUGCUGGAAGUUAGAAACACUUAUUCAAAUAGAGAUCUAAUAUAUUUGCACGUGGUAAGUUUAUAAAAUGUUUUAGAUGAAGCUGUUGCGGAUGUAUAAAUGUAUAAGUAAGUGAAACAUUCGUUUGAGAUAAUUUUGCUGGUUAUAAGAAUUAUUUGGGGAAAGCUGUUAAAAUGCUUAUUUGCAGGUCUGACAUGAAUUACUCUGACUCAGUAGUCUGGAGAGGGGUUGGGGUUAGGAGUCUGCAUUUUUAGAAAAUAUCGUACAUGAUUUAAAUAAGGUGGUAUGAAGACCAUGCUUUUGGAAACAGUGGAGUAAAAUAUUAUAUGGCAUUUCUAAAGCAUUUUUGGGGGGAAUAUAGGGAAUCGAAAUGAAACCCAAACUCUACUGGUCAUCAGAAAUAAAAUUGUGACUUAGAAUAUAAAAUAUAUAACUAUUCCUAUGAGAGUACAUUAAUAAUCUCUAAAGAUCUAAUGAAGAGUUUUACUUCUGGUAUUUUUCUUGAUCCAGUGAGCAUUUUGAAUUACUAUUACUCAUCUGAAAACAAAACUACAAUGUCACAUCCGGAAAACAAAUUGUAGGACGGAGAGAAUACUAUUAACUGCCUCUAAAGACAGAGACAAAGAAGUUCGGGGGGGGAGGGGCGGGGGGGGGAAGAGAGAGAGUAAGAGAGAGAGAAAAAUAUAGGUAGAAGUAGUUGUGUUGGGUACGCAUUUAAAGCCUGGGAUGUUGGUCAAGUUGUGUGUAAGUUGCUUCCGUGACAUUUCAGUUGCAGUAAGGUUUGCUUUUGCUUCAUUGAGCUCAACUUAUGCAUUAUCAAAGUGGUUGGCUUAAAAUUACAGAAAAUAAAAUGAAGAUUAUCUAAAGAAUUUCAGUAAGUCUUUUUCAGUCAAAUGUAUUUGAAGCGUAGUAAGCCAUCCACAGUUUGUCAGUUGGCUAUUUGGAAUUGGGAGUAAUAAUUCUCACAGAAAGAGAAUAUUCUAAACAUUGAUUAAUUUACAAUGGGAAAAUUGAUAGGAAAUUAUGUUCUAAUACUGUCUUGAAUACAGAGAAUUGAUUUAGCUUAUUUAUUUUAAAUGCUUGUGGUUUGUACAGCCUAGUUCAAGAAACUCUUCCCAGCCAGCUCUGGGAUGUUUUUUGUUUUGCAAAUUCUCCACCUCCUCAGAGAAGGUCUUAAUCACCUGGUUUCUUUCUGAACCUAGUUCCUCCAGCCUCCCUCAGGAAAUGAGUCUUCUCAUACAGUUGACAGAGAGAAAGAAUUUGUAAUCUGAGGUACAGCUUUGGGUUUGGGGGUGAGCUAGACACCCCAAAGUUCUAAUUGUAUAGGAUGGCUGAUGAAGAAGGUAGAAAAGGAAAUAAAGGAGGAAGGAAAUGGAAAAAGGACUAUCUUACCUUUGGGUUAGCAGUAAGCGUGCUGCCUGCAUAGUCUUGGGGUCACAGUUUUGUAGUGGGGGAAAGUGGUUUGGUCACAGACCCUAUCUUCAGCAGACAGCUAGCUGGAGUGCUUGGGCAGUGCAGGGAUCAAGAGCCAGAACCAGUUGGUGAAUAAUCCUAACUCUAAGAGCACAAACUCUCUUAACCAGCCAGAACAAAGCCAAACAAAAAGGCCUGGGAAACAAAAGUGAGUCUGCUAAUCUUUUUAUUGCUGAAUUCAGAUACUUACCCAAAGUUCUGUAAUGACCUGACGAUGGACACGUGAAUAGCAGUACUAGCAUUUCAUAUUUGUGAAACAUUUUAUAGCUAAUAAGGCUCUUAUAUUAUCUAAUUGGAUCGUUAAACUAAUUCUGUAAGAUAAUUAAGGCAGAUAUUAUAUUACAAGAUCUCUGCAGAUGAGGAAAUACUAGCAAUUAUUAUUUACCCAAGGUUAUAUAGCUACUAUAUAGUGAAGCCAAGAGUGAGUCAUCUCCCUCUCCCUAGACUACUGCUCUUUCCUCUGUGUAUACCACAUUUCUUCUCAUGGAUUGGGCAUCUGAAUCUUCAGAAUGCCUCUUAGAUGUUAACUGCCUGGAGGGCAAAGGCAAUGUCUUCUAUUCCUUUUGUAGUUCUUUGUAGCAUGAGUGCACACAGUGGAGGCCCAGCAGGAAUAUUUGUCAACUAAGAUGUGGGUUUGACAUCAUGGCAAGAGGAGGGCUUGGCAUUAGACAGACGGAGAGCAAAUCCUAGGCUCAGCCCCAUGCUGGCUGUGUGAUCUUGGGCAAAUUAUCUGAUCUCUGAACCUAAAUUUUUCAUUGUAAAAUAUGGAUGAAAAUUCUAUUACUUGUAUGAACUAAAAAUAUUUUUAAAGAUCCCCACACAGCAGCUGCCAGAUAGUAGAUGCCUUCCCUUCAGUGUUUAGCACUGAUCUUAUUUAUGACUGCCUUUUUUUCCUAGCUCCUCCUUCCACUUUUUUUUUUCCUUGAAAGAAUAUUUUGUUUGUCAGCUAUACUUUGUAUGUUUUUCAUCUUAAACAGUGCUAGGGUGCCUGGGUGGCUCAGUCGAUUAAGCAUUCAACUGACUAUUGAUCUCAGCUCAGGUCAUGAUCUCAUGGCUCAUGAGUUCAAGCCCUGGGUCGUUGUCAGCGUGGAGCCUGCUUGGGAAUCUCUCUCUCUCUCUCUCUCUCUCUCUCUCUCUCUCUCUCUCUCUCUGCCCCUCCCCUGCUCAUGUUCUCUCUCAAAAUAAAUAUACUUAAAAAAAAAACAGUGCCAAGGUUUAGGAUUGGGGCAACACUUUCUGCUAAAAGAGCAUCUGUCAUAUCUGCCCCUGUGAAUUUUGAGGAACUGGAAGAAAGGAAAGUAUGCAAUUUACCAGAAGCAAAUAUAUUAUGUUCCUCAUUUUCUUGCCCCCUUUGGUCAGGCAGUUAAGUUCAAAACAGCUGAUGUAGGAAUAUUCUUGAGAGGAAAAUCUGACUUUGUGGAUGUGCUCAGAAGUCAGAUAUUAUCUCUGCCUGAAUCAGUAUAUCCUUGGAAGCUUGAAACCUGAAACUUACAAAUUAAUUUUGAAUUUUGUUUGUGGUAUUUGCAAGUGAGGUUACAAUGGUUUAUUCAUGAAGUUCUCUGAAGCUAUUAGAUGUGGCAAAAGUAGAUGUCCAUUGUAUUUUAAGAUUGUCUCAGUUUUAUAUUUUUUAUAUUAUUUUUUAUAUUUAUCAAAGACCUUAUUGAGUGGCUUUUAAACAUGUCUUUAGAUUAAUAAAUUCAUCACUCCAUUGAAGUCUCAUUUUCUGGAGGAAUAUGUUUUGUAAGCAAUAUUAUACAAUACAUUUAAAAGAUUCCUCCUUUCCAGGUAUAAUGUUGACUCCCUGUUAGUAUUUUUCUUGUAUUCCAUUGAUGGAUUUGGAUAAAGCUAAUUCCAUAUAAUUAAAUCUGGUAUGUUAGGUAAUUUCUUUUGCAGGGUUGCUGCUCUCCUGUUCUGGGGAGCUCGUCCUGGGCCUGGGAAUUUUCUCUAAACUUGGCCUGGUUUUAAAUUUAGGAAGCUAAUUUUCCUGGUUCUGAAAUGGAGUAAUUUUCUAUUUUUGUGAUAAGUCUAGUUAAUUACCAUUUUUUAUUGGCGGUGGAAUCUUCUCCUUUGCAUCUAGUGGUCCAGAUCAUUGUCUUCUAUGAUGUGAGCUCUUCACAGCAUGCUGCUGUGGCCCUCUAAUACACAAGCCUCUAUAUUCUGUCAGUUGUCAUUUUACAUGCACACACUGAGGAAAUUAGUUGGAAAAUAUUGGACUUUAUGGGUUUCAGGCAGUAAGGAAGCACUAGGAAGAGUGUUUGGAAGAUACUUCAUACUCAUAUGUCUUCUGUCUCCUUCAGUGCUAGGAAAAUAUGUUGGAUAAUUUAGUCAAAGAAGCACAAUCCCUUUUCCCAUUUGUCUGGAAAUAAUUAUUUAGAGGCGAUAUGUGCUCAGUGGAAGAAAGGUUUGGCAAGUAGUACAUAUUCUUUAGCUCGUUGAUGUUGGGAGCAUGUGUUAGUGAUCCUCUAAUAAAAAGCACAUGCUCAAAAAGUGGUUACUGUGUGUGUGUAGUAACUAUUCUUAAACAAUAUUGUGUCAUGGGAGGGGCUUCAUUUCAAGUGGGAAUAAUGGAUCAAUUUAAAACCAAAGAACAUAGUUUGGAAUGGUGUUUUUUAAUAUCUAAUCCAGCCCUAAAAUAUCUAUUCAUAAAAUAUGGAAGGUUGGGAGUCCAUUGUACAUACUUAGAGGUCAUCAUCAGUAAAAUUCUAAAGUAGAUAAAUGGUGAAAUUAGUGUUAAUUAAAUGUGGAUUUAGCAAAUAGAGAAAGAUAAAAAUAAAACUGCUUAGACACAGCCACAUCACCUGAUAAAAAUGUCAACAUAUUUUGCCACUUCUUUAAAGUUUUUUUCCACAUACUUACCAUGUUUACUUACUGGACCAAAAAAAAAAAAAAAAAAAAAAAAGUGUGAACCCAGUUGAAUGUUCAAUAAAAGUUCAGAAUUAUAAUGUUUAUUUUUGCGACCUCAUCUCUUUUUUGUUACCUUUAGGGUUGGUCUCCUUAGACUUAAUUGACUUGACUUUAUAAAGUAUUACUUAACUACAAUUUAGACAAGAAUUUUUAUUUCAGGACCAAGACCAGUGUCUGGCACAAAGUGUGGUGAAGUUCUGAAUGCAGAUCAAACAAAUAAUAGAAGUCUGUUGAAGCUUUGUCCUGACCUAUUCUGGAAGUAGAAGAAUACCCUGUAGAAAGAAGCAUUGUAAGCACAAAGAGUAAGACUCCUCAAUCCUGGGAGAGAGAAUUAAAGUCUAACCCUCCAAAUGGCUAUUCUAAUGUGAUGCUGGGAUUGAGUUUACCUAAGACUCCAUAUCAAGGUUGACUCAAAAGUCUUGUAGAAGAUCUGGAAGAAAUAAGUAUUAAGUCAUGAUGCAGGAAUCUGCGACAGAGACAAUAAGCAACAGUUCAAUGAAUCAAAAUGGAAUGAGCACUCUAAGCAGCCAAUUAGAUGCUGGCAGCAGAGAUGGAAGAUCAAGUGGGGACACCAGCUCUGAAGUAAGCACAGUAGAACUGCUGCAUCUGCAACAACAGCAGGCUCUCCAAGCAGCUAGACAACUUCUCUUACAGCAGCAAACAAGUGGAUUGAAAUCUCCUAAGAGCAGUGAUAAACAGAGACCACUGCAGGAAUUGCUUCCAGAAACAAAAUUAUGUGUCUGUGGCCACUCUUCUGGUGAUGGGCAUCCUCACAACACAUUUGCAGUGCCUGUGUCGGUGGCCAUGAUGACUCCCCAGGUGAUCACCCCUCAGCAAAUGCAGCAGAUUCUUCAGCAGCAAGUCUUGUCUCCUCAGCAGCUCCAAGCCCUCCUCCAGCAGCAGCAGGCAGUCAUGCUGCAGCAGCAACAACUACAAGAGUUUUACAAGAAACAGCAAGAGCAGUUACAUCUUCAGCUUUUGCAGCAGCAGCAACAGCAGCAGCAGCAGCAGCAGCAGCAGCAACAGCAGCAGCAGCAGCAGCAGCAACAGCAGCAGCAGCAGCAGCCGCCCCCGCCGCCACCGCAUCCUGGCAAGCAGGCGAAAGAGCAGCAGCAGCAGCAGCAGCAGCAGUUGGCAGCCCAGCAGCUUGUCUUCCAGCAGCAGCUUCUCCAGAUGCAACAACUCCAGCAGCAGCAGCACCUGCUCAGCCUUCAGCGUCAGGGCCUCAUCUCCAUCCCACCUGGCCAGGCGGCACUUCCUGUCCAGUCGCUGCCUCAAGCUGGCUUAAGUCCUGCUGAGAUUCAGCAGUUAUGGAAAGAAGUGACUGGAGUUCACAGUAUGGAAGACAAUGGCAUUAAACAUGGAGGGCUAGACCUCACUACUAACAAUUCCUCCUCGACUACCUCCUCCACCACUUCCAAAGCGUCACCACCAAUAACCCAUCAUUCCAUAGUGAAUGGACAGUCUUCAGUUCUAAGUGCAAGGCGGGACAGCUCGUCACACGAGGAGACUGGGGCUUCUCACACUCUGUACGGCCAUGGAGUUUGCAAAUGGCCAGGCUGUGAAAGCAUUUGUGAAGAUUUUGGACAGUUUUUAAAGCACCUUAACAAUGAACAUGCUCUGGACGACCGAAGCACUGCCCAGUGUCGAGUGCAAAUGCAGGUGGUCCAACAGUUAGAAAUACAGCUUUCUAAAGAACGCGAACGUCUUCAAGCAAUGAUGACCCACUUGCACAUGCGACCCUCAGAGCCCAAACCAUCUCCCAAACCUCUAAAUCUGGUGUCUAGUGUCACCAUGUCGAAGAACAUGUUGGAGACAUCCCCACAGAGCUUACCUCAAACCCCUACCACACCAACGGCCCCAGUCACCCCGAUUACCCAGGGACCCUCAGUAAUCACCCCAGCCAGUGUGCCCAAUGUGGGAGCCAUACGAAGGCGACAUUCAGACAAAUACAACAUUCCCAUGUCAUCAGAGAUUGCCCCAAACUACGAAUUUUAUAAAAAUGCAGAUGUCAGACCUCCAUUUACUUAUGCAACUCUCAUAAGGCAGGCUAUCAUGGAGUCAUCUGACAGGCAGUUAACACUUAAUGAAAUUUACAGCUGGUUUACACGGACAUUUGCUUACUUCAGGCGUAAUGCAGCAACUUGGAAGAAUGCAGUACGUCAUAAUCUUAGCCUGCACAAGUGUUUUGUUCGAGUAGAAAAUGUUAAAGGAGCAGUAUGGACUGUGGAUGAAGUAGAAUACCAGAAGCGAAGGUCACAAAAGAUAACAGGAAGCCCAACCUUAGUAAAAAAUAUACCUACCAGUUUAGGCUACGGAGCAGCUCUUAAUGCCAGUUUGCAGGCUGCCUUGGCAGAGAGCAGUUUGCCUUUGCUUAGUAACCCGGGACUGAUCAAUAACGCAUCCAGUGGCCUGCUGCAGGCCGUCCAUGAAGACCUCAAUGGCUCCCUGGAUCACAUCGACAGCAAUGGGAACAGCAGUCCAGGCUGCUCACCGCAGCCGCACAUACAUUCAAUCCAUGUCAAGGAAGAGCCAGUGAUUGCGGAGGAUGAAGACUGCCCAAUGUCCUUAGUGACAACAGCUAAUCACAGUCCAGAAUUAGAAGAUGACAGAGAGAUUGAAGAAGAGCCUUUAUCUGAAGAUCUGGAAUGAGAACUGACUUGUGAAACCUCAGCGUGAAGGGACAUAUCACUGACCUUCAUAACCACUCCACAACCAUGAAUAUUUGACAAAUUUUUACUGUGACUAUUUAUUAAGCAUGGAUAAAGGAGACAGCCCUAAAGGAACUUAUUAAGCCAGCCCUUUGGGAUUCAGUACCAACAGGCAAAUUGCUUGUUUUCUUCCCUUCCUCUCUCUCUCUUUCUCUCUCUCUCUUUUUUUUUUUAGAAAAAAA